AUGCUCUGGAUUCGAUAUUUGAGAUGUCUUCUCGCAGACCAUCAAUGGUCAUCGUCACUUGCCAUCAACCAAAAUGCUCGUCUGUUUUCUCAAGCGUCUUACAAGUCUGUGUAUCAAGCGCUUUUGAAUGAAUUCAAACCUAGGAAUAAGGGCAUCUUUAGUGGCGACCGUAUGAAAGGUACGGGGCCAAAGCACUAUUCGAGUGUCGCUACAUGCAUUCGGUCUUUGCUUCCACUUUCCUCCCUACGUAUUCCAACCAUCGAUCAUUCACUACUCAGCCUCUUAAGCCUGUACUAUGGCAGCUUGCAUGGCGAUGUUGGUCUGGAGAAGCUUGCCUACUCAAGCUACGUCGUAGCGUUGGCCUUAUCAGGUGUUCAUCUACAUAUCGAUAUCGAUGCAGAUGUUCGAACACUUAAGAUCGGUGGUGACGCCAAGUACUACAGAAUAUCAACUGCACGUGAACGGAGCCCUAAGCGCUUUACGGCAUUGUGGACCACAGCUCCUGCGAACAUCAUUAGAAAUGCAAAAGGCAUUCUGUGGUCUUCACUUGAAGAAUGGCUUUCCUUGCUCAAAAUGGCGGCUUCGCAACCUCUAUAUUGGUCCCGCAGCUCACCAGUUAGACAUGAUAACAAAUAUCAUGAUGCCGAAUGCAUGCCAAAAUAUUCCAAUACAUUCCAUCAACUUUGUUUCCUUUCUGGACCAAUUGCAAGUUUACUUGUUAACCACUGGAGUUUCGCCCUCCAGCUCAGCAUGGUCUUGAUUGAACUGCAAGAGAGUCUGCUCAGCUAUAUUGAUCCAGGCCCAGAGCACAUUAUUUCCCGAGAAACACUAUCUCACGGCCUGCGAAACGAGAGGACACUGGCUGACAGCAACGCACAGCUUAUUCUUGAAGCUGAGCCGUAUCUUAGUUGCUGUUUCGAAGGAUUUGCCAAUUUCAUUCCGUUACUCUAG